AUGCCUCAAGUGGAUCGUUCUAGCUUUUCCACUGCCAAACUCCUCACCGUGAUCGUCGACGGCGACUACUACGGCGGAUCAUCGGCCGCAGUACCUUUCAAAUGGGAAUCUCAGCCCGGAACUCCAAGACGACUCUUUAAACGAUCUUCCUCUUCCGGUAUCGAUUCUGAUUCCGAUUUCACCUCUCCGAUCUCAGCUCCACUCACACCUCCUCCUUCCUACUUCUACGCUUGUCCUAGUUCCUCUACGAAUCCAGCAAACCCUAAAAAAACAAACACUCACUUCGGUUCCGUGCUCCUCAAGAAUCGUAGCGCCCCGUCGUCUCCGGCUGCUUCAUCUUCGGCAUCCUCUUCUGCGACAUCUUCUCCGUUGAGGACACCUGAUUUGUACGGAUGGAACAGCCGGAGAUCCAUGUGGUUCGGAUCAUCGGCUUCUAGUUUAAGCUACGAUUCGAAACAUUGUCAAGCUAAACCUUCAUCAGGAUGUUACGCAUCCCUCGUCAAGGUGCUGCUCAGAGAUCUCAAAUGA